AAAACUAGACUCCUAAAAGCCAAAGAUUCAAGCUUUGUCCAACCUCUGACACCGAUCGACUCAAUACUGUAGCACAAGCGCAAGUAACUGAAAACGUAACAAUCAAUGGCUUCCAACAACAACAACAAUGUCACGGAUGAAACUUCCACCACCAUCCACGUGGAACCACCGGCUUCCGUCGCUACUCCUCCGUCACUUCCGGCGGCGACCGCGGCUUCGGCAGAAGGAGUCCCAGAAAAGCAAGAAGAGGGAGAAGAAGAUGUAGAAAAAGCUGAGAAUGAGAAGGCGGCGGUGGAGAAGUGGCCCGGGUGGCCUGGAUACAACGUGUUCAGGUUGAUAGUGGCGGUUUCAAAGGUGGGGAGCAUCAUUGGACGUAAGGGAGAGCUUGUGAAGAAGAUGUGCAACGAAACUCGUGCCCGCAUUCGCAUCCUCGAAGGCCCUCUUGGCACUCCCGACCGCAUCGUUCUAAUAUCUGGAAAAGAAGAGCCAGAUGUGCCACUCUCCCCUGCAAUGGAUGCUGCUGUAAGAGUUUUUAAACGUGUUGUUGGUUUAUCUACUAAUGAGGGUGAGGUUGCUGUGGCAGCUUUUUGUUCUAUAAGGUUAUUGGUAGCAUCUUCACAAGCAAUCAAUUUGAUUGGGAAGCAAGGUUCUACUAUUAAAUCUAUUCAGGAGGCCACCGAUGCUUCUGUUCGGGUUUUGUCAGAAGAUGAGGUGCCCUCCUAUGCUACUUCAGAUGAGAGAAUUGUGGAGAUACAUGGCCAAGCUUUGAAGGUUCUUAAAGCAUUAGAAGCUGUAUUGGGACAGCUGAGGAAGUUCUUGGUUGAUCAAAGCGUUGUUCCUAUUUUUGAGAAAAGUUAUAAUGCAAAAAUAUCACAGGAGCGUCCGUUUGAUGCCAGAACUGAUAAAACUCAGUCAUCACUCCAUUCUGCUUCUGCUUAUCGAACUGGGAUUGGUUCUGAUUAUUCCCUGUCCUUGAAGCGGGAUCCUUUGUAUGAUUGCGAAACUCAUCUAGAGCCCAAAAUUCCUCCGUCAGGACUGUCACCAUAUGGACUAGAUCAUGGAAUUGGAACAAUACGCUCAAGUGGAGUUACUCGUACUGCUGCACAUAUAGUUACUCAGAUGACGCAAACAAUGCAAGUACCAUUGUCCUAUGCAGAGGACAUCAUUGGUGUUGGUGGAUCAAAUAUUGCAUAUAUUCGCCGUGCAAGUGGAGCAAUCCUUACAAUACAGGAGAGUGGGGGUUUACCAGAUGAGAUUACUGUGGAAAUUAAGGGCACCACUUCACAAGUUCUGAUGGCUCAACAGUUAAUCCAGGAAUUUACUAGCAGUCACAACGAACCUGCACCAAGCAUAUACAGCAAGGUUGAUACAGGGUUGAGUGCAUACUCCCGGUUGCCAGAGACUACCUAUACUUCAUCAUUUGCAUCGCAUAUAGAAGGGUAUGGGUCCUCUUCUUCCUCCGGUUUGGGAGGAUAUAACAGUUUUAGGUACUGAGUUGCCAUGAUAUUUUACUGUGCUGGACACUUUUUUUUAUGUCAGUGAAUAGAGAUACUUGGAACAAAUGAAGCCCUUUAUUUUAAACUUUUAGAAAAUGUAUGGAAAUGUGACUGGGUAACUCCCAUGUGGAAGUGGAAAUACCAGAGGGAAUGCCAGAUGGAAAGGGCAGUCCACAUAAACACAGACUCCAUGAUAUUGGGCUUUUUGUAGUUGGGGUCACAUUUUGUUGGGUCAACUUUGAGCAUCAGCUAUUAUCUCGAACCCAGUCUUUACCCCGCUUAGGGUCCGCCGAACUUUGAAACUUUGCUCCGUUUCAAUAUUCUUCUGGCCCAAUCAUAGUAAUUGGUCUUCUAUAUCUUAAUUCUGUCGUAAUUUUAAAAAAAUAAUGGACAAGAGUGAUUUUUUCUGUUUUUCUUUUUCAUAUUUAUUGUGUAUCGUAUUUCAAUAAAUUGAGCUAAGUUAUUGAGAAAAACUUAAUUUCCCUUUUUUAAAUGCCAAAUUAGAAAAAAGAUGAAUAUGGAGUUCAGUUCAGUUAAUUCAGACAUCUAUAAUCCGAAAUUGAAUCUAGGCUCCAAUUACGUAGCUAGAAAUAUUUUCUUCUCUAGCCGUGGGCUGGCUUUGAGAGAAAAAAAAAAUCAUGGAACGUCAUGUUCGCACAAUUAGACUUCAACAAACUAAAGUGUGAAAAGUCUUCAAACAAAAAAAUAAAUAAAUGAAGGGUG